AACCCAAAUCAGAGAAACCCUUAGAAUAAUUCUCAAAAACCCUAUUAUCGAAUCGAUUCGAUUCAUUGUUUGUUCAAUAAUCCAUGGCGAUCAUAUCUGAAAUGGAAGAGGAACCACAGCAGACGUCGCCGGGAAAGCCUUUCAGUGCGUCCCUCGAUCCAUCGAGACCGCUGGACUUCCUCGAGAAAGCUCUUGAUUUCGUCUCUCGUGAGUCUGAUCUAUUCAAGAGCGAUUCCGUUGUUAAUGACGUUAAUGCGGUGGUUCGGAUGGUGAAGGAGAAGGCAGACUCCGAGGGGAGGAAGAGGAGAGAGAAAGAAAAGGCGAAGGCUGAGGAAAAGUUAAGGGCUGAGAAACGCGCCAAGGAGGAUGCAGCGGCUGCGAGCGUCGUAACCAAAUCAACUGCUGAGGAUGAAAAGAUAUCUGAUACCAAGGAGGACGAGAAAAAGGGUCCCCGAGCUCCCAACAAGGGAAAUGGCCUCGAUAUGGGGAACUAUUCAUGGGUUCAAAGCUUGCAGGAGGUUACCGUUAAUAUUCCAGUGCCUCUGGAAACCAAAUCAAAGUUUAUUGUUUGUGAGAUAAAGAAGAACCGUCUGAAAGUUGGGCUUAAGGGCCAGCCUCCAGUUCUUGAUGGUGAGCUGUUUCAGUCUGUGAAAGUUGAUGAUUGUUUCUGGAGUUUAGAGGACCAAAAAUCAGUAUCAGUGCUUCUAACAAAACAGGACCAAAUGUCAUGGUGGAAAUAUUUGGUGAAAGGCGAGCCUGAAAUAGAUACUCAAAAGGUAGAACCUGAAUCAAGCAAGCUUUCAGACCUAGAUCCAGAAACACGAUCAACAGUCGAGAAAAUGAUGUUUGAUCAAAGACAGAAGUCAAUGGGUCUUCCAAGUAGUGAUGAGAUGCAGAAACAAGAUAUUCUUAAGAAAUUUAUGAAAGAGCAUCCUGAAAUGGACUUCUCGAGGGCAAAAAUAAACUAGGUGGUGUUUGUUUUUCCGGAGAACAUCAUCUCUGUUACGUUGAAGAAAUGUCGUGCUUUUUGAGUUUGUGUUGGACUUAAGUUAGCAAGUAAUUUAUUAAUUUAUUCCUAGUCACAUUUAUUUAUGCAUUGUGUAUCUCUGCAAAUUCUUAGAACAUAACUAAUCUCAUGGGGGUUUGCUUUGUGUUUGUUCAUUAUUUGCUUCUUGGGUUUGA